UUAAUAAAUGAAUAUUACAAAGAAGCAAUGUUGUGUUUGUUUAGCUGCUGUUUUGGUCUGAACCUCGCCUCGAGCAACCAAUUGCCGAGUCACAGAUAAUCACCAUUGCAACUGAGAAACAAGGUUGUAAGUAUAGAACGAAUAUAAUCAUUAUAUUUUUAUAAGAAUUUACGCGAUCUAAAGCGACAAAAUAGUAUAGGAACUGCCUGGAAAAAUUCAUAUUUUUACGUUAUACCAUGCAGUUAGGAAGAAUAUUAUUAGUUUUUUCCAGUUUACAUUUGUUAGUAAUUACACCAAUCGUAUUUUGCCGCGAAGAGAGGAUCAAAGUUGGACCUGAUCCUAAUAAAGAUAAAAAGAUCAAUCCGUACAUUACCAAGUUUCACCAGGCCGCCGGCUUAAGACCUACAAAAUGCCAAGUAUGCCGCCUUAUGGUGACAGAGUUUUUAGAGCAAAUGAAGAAAACGGAUCGUCGAGAAGAUGUACCUCGAGGAUAUGCUCUUGAAGAUCUGGAGAAUCCUGACAAGAGCAUUCAUUAUGAAAAAUCGGAACUACGUCUUAUGGAUGUCCUGGACAACUUGUGCGAGAGAAUGAAACUCUACCGCGCAAGGCCUGGACCCGAAUUCCCCUACAUCAAAGGAGCUAAGAGUCAACUUCGUGAAGUAUUGGACGAUAUGGCAGCGAAAUCCAAAGUAAAACUUAACUAUGAGCUGCCAGACGAGGUCGUCGAAGACUACACUUACGAAAUGGGCCGACUAAAAUUCAAGUGUAUUCACAUGCUGGAGAUCCACGAGGAUGACAUCACACAUUGGUAUUUCGGUGAUCAAAAAGAAAAUCUACUCGACUGGCUGUGUGUUGAGAGAAUUCUGGACGAAGAUGAACAAGGUACAAUUCACAUCACCACAUAACAAGAAAAAUACAAAUUGUUUUUCAUGUAAUUUCAAUAAAAAGUCCCAAUCAAUCUUAUGGUUGCCGGACCUCACGCAUUUUAUGCAGGGGCUAAGAAUAUGACAAGAA